UUGCUGCACUCGCGUGUCCUGCUGUUAACAUAAAGCCUCCAAGAUCCAAGGUUGGUGCAGCUGAAUUCUGCCCGUGGGGAGGAAAGAAUGAAGAGCGGAUGAUGCCGGAGCGUGAAACUGGGAGCGUUUUGUCAGGAAUGCUUGUUUCAAGGUUACAGAUCAAACAUGGACCCAAAGUGAAGCUGCAGAUGGACACAGAGUGAAAAGCAGUCUGAACCUCUGUGCAGCAAAAAGAAAUCAAACUCAGCCAGAGGACGCGGUAAAUGGAUUGCUGCGGUAGCAGGCAGCAAACAAAAGCAAUAUCUGAGCUUUUUUGUUUUUGCAAUGAGCAGGCUGGAAAUGCAACAGGGGCAACAAAUGCAUUUUCAUCCAAACUGAUGAGGAAAGCCUCUUUCUGAUCCUUUCUUCAGUUCGGCAUUUUCUUCACAUUUUCUUCCCUCUCUUCAUCGUAUUCCAGUUCAAGCUUCAGAUUACAGUCUAAUAAAUGCCACUACACAACCUGAGGGUUGUUUCUCCCAGAUUGCCUGCCCUCUUCACCCCGCCUCUCCUCUCUCUAUUUGGAGCCUCUUUAAUUUUCUAUUUGCCUCCACUCUCCUGUUUCUUUCCUCACUUAAACACUCAUCACUUUCUGCGCUGUGAGCCUCGAACUCAGUCCGAUUCCUCUCUCAGCCCGCGUCCUGCUUCUUCUCACCUCCCUCACAUUUAUCUCUCUGUCCCGUCACCAUGUACCCCUCUGAUCAGGAUCUCUGGAACGCCACAGAGCACGUCUGGGUCAACGGGUCUGACUCAAAUCUGUCCGUGGGACGACUUGGGGAUGAUGGAGAUGGGGAUCAGCACCCUUUCCUCACAGACGCCUGGCUGGUGCCUCUCUUCUUUUCCCUCAUCAUGCUGGUCGGGCUGGUGGGGAACUCGCUGGUCAUCUAUGUAAUCUCCAAACACAGACAGAUGCGGACUGCUACCAACUUCUACAUAGCAAACCUGGCUACCACUGACAUAAUCUUCUUGGUGUGCUGCGUCCCUUUCACGGCCACCCUCUAUCCCCUCCCUGGAUGGAUUUUUGGCAACUUCAUGUGCAAAUUUGUUGCCUUUCUACAGCAGGUGACAGUACAAGCCACCUGCAUCACUCUCACUGCCAUGAGUGGAGACCGUUGUUACGUCACAGUCUACCCCUUGAAAUCCCUUCGUCACCGCACCCCAAGAGUAGCCAUGAUUGUCAGCAUCUGCAUUUGGAUUGGUUCCUUCAUCUUGUCCACACCAAUUUUGAUGUACCAGCGUAUUGAGGAGGGUUACUGGUACGGCCCGAGGCAAUAUUGCAUGGAGAGAUUUCCCUCAAAGACACAUGAGAGAGCCUUUAUCCUCUAUCAGUUCAUUGCUGCCUACCUGCUGCCUGUCCUCACCAUCUCCUUCUGCUACACGCUGAUGGUGAAGAGAGUGGGUCAGCCCACUGUAGAACCUGUGGACAACAACUAUCAGGUCAACCUCCUUUCUGAGCGGACCAUCAGCAUCAGGAGGAAAGUCUCCAAAAUGGUGGUCGUGAUCGUGCUCCUCUUCACCAUCUGCUGGGGUCCCAUCCAGUUCUUUGUCCUCUUCCAGUCUUUCUGCCCAAACUUUCGCCCAACCUACGCCACUUAUAAGAUCAAGACAUGGGCUAACUGCAUGUCCUACGCCAACUCUUCAGUUAACCCAAUCGUCUACGGAUUCAUGGGCGCCAGCUUCCAAAAAUCCUUCAGGAAGACCUUCCCGUUCCUGUUCAAACACAAAGUCCGAGAUAGCAGCACUGCUUCCAGGACUGCCAAUGCUGAGAUAAAGUUUGUUGCUGCAGAAGAAGGCAACAACAAUAACCAUGUCAACUGAUGAAGAGAGCAAAUGUGUGCAAAUGUGUUGGGUAAUAAAGCAUUUCCUUUAAGAAGGUCCACUUGACAGGUUUACCAAGUGAACCACAGUCACAGGACCACAGGUUUAAUUCCCCAACAGCAUUGUCUGUCCUGAAACUCCCACCUUGCAGAGUUAGAACUUUGGUUCCCCAAUGGAGAAGCCAUUUGACUGACAAAUUGUUUUAAGGAUCAUACCAACAAAUUCAGUUCAUGACCUCCUCAAGGUUACUUGUAUUAUUCUCACACAGAUCAAACCUUUUCACCACCUUACAUUUAACUCAUGACUAGUAAUUUCCACCUUGCCAAUUCCUUCUGUUCAAAUGGCUGAGGGGCACAUAUUCCAAAAGAAAAACAUUCUAGCUCACAUCUGAGCAGAGUCACCCGUUAGCAUAACCCACAUUUCUUUGGAAGUUGUAGGAAACCUUGACUUGAGAAGAACAUCUCAACCCAGCACAGAAGGACCAGGUCAGAUUCAGACUUCCAAAGACACUGUUGUACCUCGUUUCCCUCCAUCAGAGAACAAAGGUUACAUGAGAUAACCAACAGUCUACCAACAUUUAAAAUUUGUUUUGGGAAAAAUUGUCUUUUUAAUUAAUUCUAUGAUUAAAUGAAGAGAAGGCAGAGGUAAUCAAAUGUAGACUUAAGUCUGAUUUCAAAAGGAUAUUUUUUGGCAGGAAGUUUAUUAGUAUUGAUGCAUAAAAUGAAUUAACCUGAAAUAUGAAAGAACAUAAACGGUUUUGGCACAACAUUCUAUUU